AUGGCACACGUCGAUGUUCCAGCGACGCAAAAGGCCUUCGUGCCAUUAGGUUUGCCCUCACCUCAAAACCCCCGCCCCCAAAAUGGCCUCGAAUCCCAAACUAACCCCUCACCCCCAGAAAAUAACCCAGAAGUCAUGUCACACCUAGUACACCAACUCGGCCUCGCCCCAACAUUUGGCUUCACCGAUGUAUUCUCCAUCGACGAACCCGAUCUCCUUGCCUUUGUCCCCCGCCCCUCCCAAGCCCUCCUCCUCGUCUUCCCCGUCUCACAAACCUACGAAGCCUCGCGCGAAAUCGAAGACGCCUCUAAACCAACCUACACGGGCUCCGGGCCCUCGGAGCCUGUAAUGUGGUUCAAGCAAACUAUACGGAACGCAUGCGGGCUGAUCGGGCUGCUGCAUGCAGUUUCAAACGGCGAGGCCCGGAAACAUGUCGUCGCCGGCUCGAAUUUGGAUACGUUGCUUCGCGAAGCGGAAGGACUAGAGCCGAUCCAACGGGCGGAUCUGCUUUACGAUAGUAAGGCGCUGGAGAGUGCGCAUGCUGAUGCGGCGAAGCUGGGGGAUACGGCUGCGCCGGCGGCGGAAGAUAAUGUCGAUUUGCAUUUCGUUGCUUUUGUUCGGGGGGUUGAUGGGACCCUUUGGGAGUUGGAUGGGAGAAGGAAGGGGCCUUUGGCUAGAGGUGUUUUGGAGGACGGGGAGGAUGCGCUUAGUGAGGCUGCGUUGGAGUUGGGGGUGAGGAGGUUUUUGAAGAUGGAGGCGCAGGGAGGGAAUCCGGAUUUGAGGUUUAGUUUGGUGAGUUUGGGGCCGUUGUUUGAUUAG